AUCAGGACCCGGGGAGGGGAUCAGGACCCGGGAAGGGGAUCGGCUCCCGGGAAGGGGAUCAGGACCCGGGAAGGGGAUCAGGACCCGGGAAGGGGGGAUCAGGACUCGGGGAGGGGAUCGGCUCCCGGGACAGGUGGCCUUGCGGGUCCCCCCGGGCGGAUGCGGUGACAGCUGUUUGUGCCCGGGCUGCUCUGGCUCCGGGAGUGGGGAUGAGGGCCGGGGCUCCCCUGCCUCUCCCCCGCAGCCUCCGCGGUGUUUAUUUGGGGGCUUGCAGGGGUCCCGACCCCGGGGCUGUGCCCGCACAAGGCACUCCCCGCACGUCAGGAGGUGCGGGGCACAGUGUGAGGGUGAUGCCUUGGAAAGUGUUCCUUUAAGGCAGAAACGUGAAGAAAAAUUGGGAUUCUUUUCCCCAAGGAUUAGAAACUUACGAGAUCCCAGGAACACGAGCGAUGCUUUAGCGAAGGAGCAGGAUGUCUGAUACAAGUCCCGUGAUUUGCUUUGUAGCCUCUUUCCAGGUUUUUCAGGAGAUGAGGUUAAAUCUGUAGGGAGAUGUUAGAAUGUGAAAACAAGCCUUGGGAAUGUCUGUUUGUCCAUACUCGGCUCUUUUGUUUGUAAAGCAUUUCCUUAAAUACCCAAAGGUUUCUCAGCUCCUUUCUUAAAAACAUACUUGGAAGUACCUUAAAAAUAUUUUUGGGAGUACCUUAAAAAUAUUUUUGGAAGUACCUUAAAAACCUGUGUGGAAGAACCUUUCUUAAACAUACAUGGUUGAGGCUUGAACUGUUUUUAAUGUAGUCCAGGAGUUGGACCUCAGCCAUCCUUGUGGGUCCCUUCCAGUUCAGGAUAUUCUGGGAUUUCCCUGCAAAUGUUGAUGUAACAUUGCUUUUAUUUUUAGGCUAAACUGCAAAGCUCAGGACAGCCAAUCCUCAGCUGCCCUGAUGCUCUCAGCUGGGCUGGAGUCUCUCUUGGAUUCUCCCGGGGCUGCUGUGCUGGAGUUGUACCCUGGGCUGCCCGGGAGCGUCUCCACGGAGCUCAUGGCAGUGCCAGGACCUGCCCUGGGACUGGGGGCACAGCCUGAGGGCUCGGGGCCUGUGCUCACACACAGGGACGCUCCCUGGACUUCGGGAGCAGGGAACUUCUGCCAGAACACGGAGGAUCUGGGGGAUGUGCUCGAGGUGGUUUCUCACAGGCCAGCAGAAUCCCUUCCUGAGGAAUUGCUGCAGCCUGGGGACCUUGAGGGGAAUGAAAAUAGCAAAAAGAGACACUUCAGGAAAGUGGACUGUUCCAGUGAUGGAUGCCAGAAAGAAGAUGAAGAGGCCCAAGGUGCUGAGGACCACCAUGCUGAAGGCUCUGCUUUCACUCCAGGGGAAACUUGCUCAAAACAAGAGGACCUUCCCUUCGCCCAGCAAGAGGCAAAGCCUUCAAGAGCCCAUUACACUGAGGUUGCAGGAUCUCUGAGGAGCACAGAGGAAAACCAAGCAAAUGUUCAGGUGACAGCUGAAACUCUGCCAAAGCUCCCCGAAGAAGUACAAGGUAUGAAGGCUGAUGGGACUAGGAUGUUUAGUAAAGCAGGAUACAGGAGUGACAGAGUGAGGAAAGGUCUUCCAGCUGAGAGCAAGGAAUGCCCAGAUGUAGACACAGUCCUGGCCAGAGCUGGGGUUACACAAACCAGCAUCUUAGAUUUUUUAGAGCCUUUCAGAGUCCUGAACGUUGGAGCAGCCACACACCAUCCCCAAGAAACAGAUGACUGUACUGGGCUGGAAGCCCACACUGCCACGAGAGCAGGGGGGAGUGGCGUGUCUGCCUUGGAGACUGAAGAAGAAAAGUUACCCACACGAAAUCCUGUCAAUGAAUUCAGUGCAUCACUUGCUCAUUGCCAGACUUGUCAGCAGGAUGAAGAACAUGAUGCUCGUGACUUCUGUAAGGGUGCUGUACCCAGACAGAAUGACUCCUGUGGGUUGUCCUCAGCAGGGAGCUGCAGGACAUCGUCCACAGCCAGUUCGGGAGUUUUCUGUCCAGUUCUGAAAAGCAGCUCCUGUCUGGACUUCAGAAAUAUGCCAGUAGAAAACAGCAGUGCUGCAGUUCAUGGAAUUAUCAAUGAACCCCCCCCAGAGUAUCUUCCCCAACACGUGGAACGUCACACUCGUUACGAUCACGGAACCGGCUUUGUAGGAAGCCGAAGCUCCACAUCCGUGCCAGUAGAGCAGAUCCCAGCAGUGAGGAACAAAGGAUUAUCUAGUGCUAAAACUGAUCCUAGGGAAUUCAGUGCUGGGAUAGGUAAAUCCUACAGCUCUCAGUUUGGAGAGUCUGCUGAAGUCAGGAGAAAAAUUGCUGUGGGAGAUAACAUGGAAGUUUGGAGCCGGCCUGAAGCUCCGCAGGGUGUUGAGCAUUGUCAUUCUUCAGUUUUUAGUUCUGCUGCUUCAUUUCCUGAGGAGUUCUCAAAGGAAAAAUUUCAAAGAGUCCCAUCAGAAGCUGAGAAGUUGAAAAAGGACCAGUGGCAAUUCUCUCUCAGUGACCUGUGCAAGGAUGGUAUAAAAGAAAAUAGUCUGUUGAUGGAAACAGGCAACAUUGCUUCCCGUGGAACUGGAGAGAGAGACACGAGCUCUUACAAUACCUCCAAGAAAAUUCCUCCUCCCAGACAUCACAGCUGUCUUGACCUUAGUAGCAAGCAAGAAAAAGAUCCACCCAAGGCACAACUGCUUGCAAAGGACUCUGAGAGCAAUACAACAUCAGAUGGGCUGGCUGGUGGUGUAGCUGAAGCUGCAGAAGCUGAUGGGAGUGACAGUUUGUCCACUGGGAAAGAAACACAUUUGUUUUAUACACUAAAUGUAAAUCUACCUCCUAUUUUGCAAAAAUCAAGAGAACCUCAUCAUAAUGAGUGUCCUUGUACUGCUAAUGAAGUUUCACACAGGGACAAGGGUUGGGAUAAUCUGUCUGGAAAAGAGACUGUUGGUGCUUCUGGAACAACAGGGGAACAAGUCACUGCAGUUUUGCUUCAUAAAGACAAAUUCAAGUCUUCAGUGAGUUCCAGGACUUUUUAUGACCCUAAUAUGGCACACAGAGUAUCCCAAAAGGACAUGGAAUCUGCAGGGAAUCUGCAGAGAGUGGGCACUGGUUUAGAAAAUGAACAUUAUUACACACAGCAUUGUAGUAAUCAUGGUAUGAAAGACCAGAGUCCAGCUGCCAGUGCUUCCUGCAUUGUAUCAGGGAGUGCACGUGUGGGUGAAGUUUUCCUGAACAGUCAUUCUGUUGAUGUGGAUAAGAAGAUUGAAGAACACGGUAAUUCAGGAGGAGAGUCUUCAACUGGAUAUAAUAGUCAAGAGGCAGCCAUUUCUCCAGAAGCACGCAUUCCUUUGGCAUGUGGAUCUCCUCCUUGUGAAGAUGACUGGGGCUACAGAGCUGUAGCUCUGCAUGGGAGAAAUGACAUUCCCAUAGGAAAACCCAGGUUUUGCUCAGCUUAUACUGCAGAGAAGUCUGCUGCUACCUUGGCAAGAGAUGAGAUUUCAAAUAAGAAUAUGAAGGUUGUGAAACUGUUCGAUGUUUGUGAAGUAGCCCAAGGCAGCGAAGUUGUUUGUGACAGAGACGAGGCAAAGGAACAGAAGGGCGCGUGUGCUUCCCAGAGAGAGCAGUGUGAUGGAACAAGAACUGUGGCUUCUCCAAACGCCCCUGAAGGCAAUCAGGGAAAUCAGAGCAGUGAACAGUUAUUAGCCAGAUAUUUGGACAAAACCACCUGUGCUCACAGUUUUGGAUUUCGCAGCUCUCUGGGCACCCAGGAGCAGGGGGAAGUGCCCUCGCUCCCAGCUGAUCCCUCAGACUGCAGCACCUCAGGCUGUGCUGCAUGUCCAGCACCUGCCAGCGGGAGCAUCCCAGCACAGCGUGCCAGCCACAGAGAGCCCACCCUCUGCCCACGGGAGAACCGGGGUCACGGCUGUCCGAGGGAGUUGGGUGGCCCAGGGCCAGGCAGGGAGCUGUGCUCAGAGACCUCACCCCACCAAGCAAAGCCUGGCUUACAAACUACAGACAGCUCUGAGGAGGAAAGUGAAUCUGGCUCUAGUGUGGGGGACGAGGUAGUGCUGAAAGCAGGGGCUGACUUGCCUCUGUUAAUGCACAGAUACACAAGAGAAGACAGGCUGGGAGGAACUCUGCAAGAGAAUGUAGAGAAUUUGGACUCUGUAAUUGGUGUGGGAAAUAAAGACUGUUCAGGAUACGUGGGCUCCAUCAAUGAUCUAACUGAAGAGAAGACAAUCAAACCAAAAGAGCAGGAGGAUGACUGUGAAACAGGCAGGGAAGGAACUCCUGAAGAACAGACUGGAAAGGAACUCCUUUGCUCUUCUGAGAGCGAAGCACGUGGCUCACAGCACUGUUGUACCAAACCUGCACAGGAGAAAGCAGAGCUGGUGUUUGCAGGAAACAAAACACAGCCAUCUUUGCCAAAGAUGAAGUCAUUGGUGGAGGACCAGGAAAAUACAGUUAGUGCCCAAUUUUUACCCAUCUCAUCAAUCCAUGGGACAUCCAUGUUAUAUAAUCCAGAAAAUACAAAUGAGCUUUCAGAUACAGAACACAGAGAAAGUCUGAGCAUAAAACCUGUCUUAAAUAACACUUGCCCACAGGUAAUAUCUGAGCCUGGUAAGGAAACCAGUGCUCCAAAGGCUGUUGGUCCAUCCCACUCUGGAAAGUUUGACAUCCAAGAACCUUUCAAUAAGACUCAGGUGGAUUCAGAAACACAGUCAGCUCUGAGCUGUGGCAUCUCUCUGCCUGAGAAAGAACAGCUGUGUAUGUCACCUGAGAAUGAACAAAGAGAGAAUUGUGAGCCAUCUGCAGCCAAAGUUUUUAGCAAAGAUUCUUCAAUGACAAAAAUUGUUUCUGUAACAAUUUCUGUUAAGAGGAAGUGCAGCAAUAUUGAGAUUCCCUCUUCAGAGAAUGAAAUGGCAGCAGGCUCCCUGACUGGGGCAAAAAGCUCAAGGGUUUGUGCCCACAGCAAAGAAAGCCUGAAAGGUGAGGGGCACUGCUCACCAACUGACAUGGAUGGGACCUCACCAAAAAGUCCUCCCUGUGAAGAGAAGUUUAAAAAUACAUCUGAGCCAGAAAAUACGAAUGAGCUUUCAGAUACAGAACACAGAGAAAGUCUGAGCAUAAAACCUCUCUUAAGUAACACUUGCCCACAGGUAAUGUCUGAGCCUGGUAAAGAAACCAGUGCUCCAAGGGCUGUUGGUCCAUCCCACUCUGGAAAGUUUGACAUCCAAGAACCUUUCAAUAAGACUCAGGUGGAUUCAGAAACACAGUCAGCUGUGAGCUGUGGCAUCACUCUGCCUGAGAAAGAAACCUGUAUGUCACCUGAGAAUGAACAAAGAGAGAACUUGUUUUCAGACAAAAAAUUCAGCAAAGAUUCUUCAAUGACAAAAAUUCUUUCUGUAAUAAUUUCUGUUAAGAGGAAAUGCAGCAAUAUUGAGAUUCCCUCUUCAGAGAAUGAAAUGGCAGCAGGCUCCCUGACUGGGGCAAAAAGCUCGAGGGUUUGUGCCCACAGCAAAGAAAGCCUGAAAGGUGAGGGGCACUGCUCACCAACUGACAUGGAUGGGACCUCACCAAAAAGUCCUCCCUGUGAAGAGAAGUUUAAAAAUACAUGUGUAGAAGAGAAGCUGGGAGAAGAAAUAGCCCCUAGAAAAAAGUUGCUGAGAAGUCAUCCAUGGGCCUCGUUAGAAGACUCUAAAGAGUCCGGUGGCAAAAUAGUCCCCCUCGGUGCUGAGAACCACGGCAAGGUUUUGGAAGAGAUCCCAAGAUCCAACCUAAACUAUGUUUCAAACGAAAGAAGCGGCGAUGGAGAGCUCCCAAACGUAGCGGGUACCCGCGUGCUUUCAGCAGCUCUGCAGGACUGCCAGGCUGUGUCUGAGGCAGGGGCUUCCCCAGGACUGCAGGGUGAUCCACCAGCCACGCUCCCCCCUCCUCUGAGCUCCCCGUCAGCCAGGGGCACAGGGCCAUGCCCAGGCUGGGGGGUUUGCAGGGCAGCACGGGUGCCUUACAGAUCAGCUGCACGGAGCACGGAGCAGCAGACAGGAGGGAACGGAGCGCCAGGACACAGCAGCAGCUCGUGCGCUUUGCCAGGAGAACGAGGCUUCAGGUUCAAAGAGACUCCACCAAAUAGAGGAGCAUCAAGUAACUAAACAAAAGAAGUAUGAAAAGAUAGAAGUGCAUCCAGUCAGACCAGGCCCACCAAGAGAAAGCAAAAAUCACACCCAGCAUGUUGCACAGUUCUGAACUCUUAGGCAGCUCUUCAAAUGAGUUGGUGACAUCUCGAAAUAAGAAGUUUGAAGGUCCUUUAGAGGAGACUUUUGCUGUCAGAAGCAGUGAAAGUAAACUAUGUAGCACUUUACAAGAAGUUAAAAGGCCAAAGAUUACCACAGAUAUUAUUAGUUCACAGUUUUUGAAGACUCAGGAUUCAGAAAUGGAAAACCUGAACCUUAAUUUAGGGUAUGAUGGAAUCCCUGGUGCCUUUGGAACUACAAAUAAACUAGGAGGAACUACAAAGAAACUAGGAGGGCCUCUUCCACUAAGAAUACAACCUGGAAGGACGUGCAAAAAGGUUCCCAUAUUGCAUCAGCUAAAAACCAUUAGAAAA